CCCUCUGGAUCUGGAGCAGUGUUCCCUCAAAGUGCUGGAGCCGGAAGGAAGUCCCAGCUGGAGUCUCCUCAAGCUGCUGGGAGAUCGUGGCUGCACUGUGGUGGAGCUCAUGGAGUUCCUGCAGGCCCUGGAGCACACUGAGGCUCUCCAGUGCCUCAGCCAUUCAGGGAUAAAGAUUGUUGUGCAGCCAGACUCUCAAGCAGUGCUCUCUGGUCAGAUCGUCAAGCUGUCCUGUUGGGCAACAGGACACCCAUUUGUGCAUUACCAGUGGUUCAAGCAGGAGAAAGAGGUUCCUAAUGGCAAUUCUCCAGAGCUAGUUUUGAAUCCAGUGAGUGUGAAUGACUCUGGCUUCUACAUCUGCCGAGUGAACAGUGAAUCCUCCUUUGUGUUCAGUCGCUGGGCACGCCUGGAAGUCUGUCAGCUCCAGGGAACCCCUCAUGGAAGCUUAACUGGUUUGCCUGGAAACAAGCUGCGCAUUUGCGUACAGCCUCAGGCCCAAAGCCUGGCAGUGGGGGAUGCUUUGGUGCUGGAGUGUGGAGCUGUUGGAAACCCAAUUCCUCAGUACCAGUGGUUCAGAAAUGGCUUUCCCUUGGCAAAUGGGAGCAAAAAUGUCUACAUGGUAGCUUAUGUGGAUGUGGAGCAUCAAGGGACAUACUGGUGCCACGUGUUCAAUGACCAGGAAGAUGAGGACAGCAAGAAGAUAGAAGUCAUUGUAGGUAAGGACUUUUUAUCACUAACUUUGGCUUCUAUUAAUAAUGACUUUUAUUUUUCAACAGACAAGGUAGCUCUGUUAAUAGGGAAUAUGAGCUACUGGAACCAUCCCCAGCUCAAGGCUCCUAUGGUGGAUGUCUAUGAACUGACCAACUUGCUGAGGCAGCUGGAUUUCAAAGUUGUUUCCUUGCUGGAUCUCACUGAGCCUGAGAUGAGAAAUGCAGUGGAUGAGUUUCUGCUUCUCCUGGACAAAGGAGUGUAUGGUCUAUUAUACUAUGCUGGCCAUGGCUAUGAAAACUAUGGGAACAGCUUCAUGGUUCCUAUUGAUGCUCCAAAUCCCUAUCGCUCUGCAAACUGCCUGUGUGUGCAGAACAUCCUCAAACGGAUGCAGGAGAAAGAGACAGGACUGAACGUGUUCCUGCUGGAUAUGUGUCGGAAAAGAAAUGAAUACGAUGACACGAUUCUGAUCUUGGAUGCUCUGAAGGUUACAGCCAACAUUGUCUUUGGAUAUGCCACGUGCCAGGGAGCAGAAGCUUUUGAAAUCCAGCAGUCAGGCCUAGCCAAUGGAAUCUUCAUGAAGUUCCUGAAGGAUCGCUUGUUGGAAGACAAGAAGAUUACUGUGCUGCUCGAUGAGGUUGCAGAAGAUAUGGGCAAGUGUCACCUUACCAAAGGCAAGCAGGCUCUGGAGAUCCGCAGCAGUCUGUCCGAGAAGAGGGCACUGACUGAUCCCAUCCAACAGACUGGAUCUUCUGCAGAGACCCUGGCACGGAACCUCCAGUGGGCCAAAGCUCAUGAGCUUCCAGAAAGCAUGUACCUGGAAUUCAAGUGUGGAGUUCAGAUCCAGUUGGGGUUUGCAGCCGAGUUUUCCAACGUCAUGAUCAUCUACACACGGAUAGUAAAGCAGCCACCUGAGAUAGUGGUUUGCAGAGCUUAUGUUACAGACUUUGCACUAGACCUGGAUGUGGAUCCUAAAGAGGCAAACAGAGGAACUCCUGAGGAAACUGGAAGCUAUUUAGUCUCAAAGGACCUUCCCAAACACUGCCUCUACACCAGGCUAAGUUCCCUGCAGAAACUGAGGGAACACUUGAUCUUCACCGUUUGCUUGCACUAUGAGUACCCAGGACUAGAAUAUACGAUGGAUGAAAGAAAGGAAGUUAAUGUUGGGAAGCCCCUUAUCGCUAAACUGGGCCUUCAUCAUGGAUUCAAAACCAACCACUGUCUCCAGACCUGUUGCCUGGCCAAUAAUCCUUUUCCUAAUCACAUGGAAUCGAGUCCAGUGGCAACCGAAUACUUCGUCCCUAGUCACUGCCAGCCAAAUUCCUGCCCAGGCAUUUACCUUCCAAACCACGUUUGCUCAGACAGCAUCAGACAACCAGAGGCAUGUUCCUGCAAUGGGAUCUUGGCUUCAACGCAUGAAGUAGGGAACUACCAACCCCCUGUGGAAGAGAGUAAUGUACCAGUAGAGACCACUGAUGAUACUGUUGAACUGGAAUUCCUUCUCUCGGACAAGCUGAGGUUCUCUAAGCAGCAGUAG